AUGAGUGCAUCUUCACACAUCAACACACUUAUGGACUUUUUCGGCAAUCCAAAUAUCAUCGAGAUACCCGGUCGUGCUUUUCCUGUAGAAAUCGUUUAUGCAUCUCAGCCACUUCAAAAUGUUAUCGCUCAAGCUAUCGCAAUUGUUAUAACCAUUCAUCUAAAUCAUCCAGAUGGGGAUAUUUUAGUUUUUAUGACUGGUAAAGAGGAAAUCGAAGAAAUCUGCACAAGAAUUGAGUUUGAACUUGGCCGAUAUAAAGAAACCAGCAAUUUUCUUAUUUUACCUCUUUAUUCAGCUCUUCCCGCUGAAUCACAUUCGCGCAUUAUCGAAAAAAUUUCUGCUCCGGCCUCUUGUGAUAAAAUAGCUAGAAAAAUUAUUGUUUCGACUAAUCUUGCUGAAACUUCUCUCACAAUUGAUGGAGUCGCCUAUGUUGUUGAUACAGGAUUCUGUAAGCAAAAAAUUUUUAAUCCAGAGCUUGGAUCUGAAGUCUUAGCUUCUGUCCCAAUCUCAAAAUCAGCUGCCAUUCAGAGAGCAGGUCGUGCCGGUAGAACCAGAGCUGGCACUCAUUCGAGUUGUUAG